AGAAGCUAUGGUAGUUGUGAAGGAAAUAUUUGAGUGUUUAUAUAGAUCAUUUGGGAGGUGGUUUGAGUGACUAAGAGAUAUUUGGAUGGAAGGGCAGCCAGCUAGCAUGCAUGAUAAGACAACAUCAAAUCAUCACAUGGUUCUGUAGGUCAUUCAGAAAUCAUCAAGAAUUUCUAAUAGAUAGGAUGGCUUAACUACUGUUAUUCCAAGAAAGAGAGCUUACCAAAUGAGAGAUAAGGUUAUAGAGCAGCCAGCUAGCAAGAUAAGAGACAUCACCACACUGUCUUGUCAUCCAAAACUCAUCAAGAAAUUAUACAAAAAAACAUUGUAGAUAAAGACCUGUCUUUGAACAUCAUUCCCCACAUACAACUAGGUAGCACAUGGUUUUGUCUUCCUUGAUCUCCACAAGAUCUUAAUCCCUGUCUUAGCCUCCUCUGCACUUUAAAUAGAUCACUUCCAUAUUCAUUUUGAUCAUCAAACACUGCAAUUCAUUGUCCACCAAAGAUUUAAGCUUUCUACACAUCUUAUUCUCUUCCAUUCAAUCUCUCUAUAUUUUCUAAGUUAAUACCAUGAUCAGUUCCAAGAAGCUCAUCAAGCUUGUAAGAAGAUGGCAGAAAUUUACCGCUAUCCGAAGAAAGAGGAUUUCAUUCCCGAGAGAGAAUGAUGACGCAGACAGCUGUAGUACUUCCUCUGCAGGUAACAAGGGUCAUUUUGCUAUCUACACAGCUGAUCAGAAGCGGUUUGUUGUCCCUCUAUCUUAUCUCCAGAAUGAGAUUAUUAGGCAACUCUUAAGUAUGUCUGAAGAAGAAUUUGGAGUUCCAAGCGAUGGGCCUAUUACAAUACCAUGUGAUGCAGUCUUCAUGGACUACAUCAUUUCACUUCUUACCCGAGGUUUAUCCAGAGAACUCGAGAAUGCAUUGCUCGUCUCUGUUGCAUCAUAUCAGUGUUCAUCCGCUUCACUGCACCAGGAAGGCUUGAGAACUCGGGAAUUGCUAGUUUGCUGACAAUAUUGAUUAUUUUUUGUAUAGUUCAUAAUUCAAAUGUAAAUCGAACCAUAGAUUUCAAAUUUCAAGAAAUUUUAUACCAUAUUGCCUACCUCCCCUACCUGUACUGAAAUUGUACUCUUAUAACUGACUUUGAUGAUCAAAACUCAGUGAUUCUUCUUCACUAAGGCCUGUCUAUAUAUAUAUAAUCUGAACAGUAGUUCUGAGCAUUAAUUGAUCUGAAAAGGUUUGUCUAAUAUAUGUACUUGAAUUAUGUAUUUACAUGUAACCACUAUAGUACUCUUUUCUUUAUUUUACUUUCCCAAUAGUUGCAGUAUGGUUUCAUGAG